GAAGUCAUGGUCAGAUUAUAGUGGGACGCAGGUGCGCAAGAUCAAAGUGUUUUAAUUCAUUAUAAAAGCAAGUGAUAUUUUGAUGUGAUGCAGGGAGAAAGUUUAUUCAAAGUCAUUUUUCUCGUUCUUUUGGUGAGCUGCGCUAGAGUGUCAGGAUGGUCUUGUUACGACUGCUAUGGCUCCACGUGUGAGAACAUUAAGAUCAAUCCAGCCGUAGCUGGGAAGUGUCAGACUGGUUUUAGAUGUUUCACCAGAUUGAAAGAAGACAGAGUCACUGUCCACAAUAAAGGUUGUUAUAGUCAUAGCGGCAGUCUAUAUGGAGUAAACCUGGACUAUGACGGAUGUAGACCCCAGAAAAUUGACAGCAGAGACCAAGUGCUCUGUCUUUGCCGUGGGGAAGGAUGCAACGCUGAUACCAAGAAAGCCAUUAAGACAACUACCCAACCCACUUCUCCCAGUCCAACGACUACCACAUCGACGACUACCAGUUCUACGACUACCAGUCCAACGACUACCACUUCUACGACCACUUCCACAAAAUCGCCCCCUAUAACGUCCAAGCCAGCAAUAUCGACAACCGUUGACGGGAAAAUCCGAGAUGGCUUUUUCACUGUUGCAGAACUAGGUAUCAGAACAUUCAAUGGAAAACCGGACGUUGAAUGUGUACUAGAAAACAGGUAUCCGAAAACGCAGCAAUUCAACGCUGUGUACGGCAUAUCUCCCAGCAACUGUAAAGCAGCUUGUAGUGUUCAUCAAGACUGUGUUGCUGCGGCGUAUCAUGAUGACGAGAGGGGCCAGGCGUUGAGCACUCAAUGUCUGUUUUACAACGCGAAGUUUUUCACGCCACAUACAGAGAUACAAUUUCUUAUUCAGUGGAAGCUUUUCACAAGUAAUGGGAACUGCUUCAGAGCUUCUUGCAGGAACUCCAUACAGAUAAACAACCACAUAUUGCCUUCCGUGCCGACUAAGUCUUUGGUAGGAAUUACGAUAGAGAGUUGUAAAGCAGAAUGCUAUGGUAAUCCUAAAUGUCUUGCCGUGUCAUAUGAACACGUCACCAGUAGCUGUGAAGUUUUUGGAACCAUGAAAAAUACCGCGGCGAAAGCGCCACCUUCCGGUCGUGGGUGGACGUCUUAUGUAAAAUCAUGUGUAGCCGAAAACGACAACUACCCAACCGACAACAACAACCCAACCGACAACAACAGCAACCCUUCCGACAACAACAACCCAACCGACAACAACAACAACCCUUCCGACAACAACAACCCAACCGACAACAACAACAACCCAACCGACGACAACAACUACCCUACCGACAACAACGGCAAGUACUACAACGACAACUACAACCAGCACUAG